UGCUCAGUCCUCCUCUCACUGCCGCGACGUAAACACAUACGCCUCCGUCACAUCAGUGUUAUACAAAAAAGUUGAUUUUUUUAUAUAAAAACUCGUGCAGUGACUUAUAAUAUUGCUAACAAUCUAUUGGAUAUUGUUUUAUAACACAGCAUCCACAAGGGACGUUUUCAUUGCAAAAUAAAAAUUGUCUCACUAUGAGGUGCCAGUGACCGUGAGCAGCGGGCGUGAUCGUCCACAAUGACAUCUGAGCGAGCCAUCCCACACCUUCGCGACAUCUUCGGGCUCAACCAGCAAUACGAAGCCAAACAGACGUUCGACGAACAUGACGACAAAACAAAGAAGUCCAGCCGUAAGAAAAAAGAUGAUUAUCGGACGUACGCCAAUGGCGACGUGAAAACCCUUGAAAGACAUCUCAGUAUGAAGAAAACAAUAAGGAAAAAGAUUAUGCGCGACCUGCAACAAGCGUUCGUCGAAGACCCUAACGAAUUUAAGGUCGAAAACACAAGUCCGGAAAAACUAAAGGCUGAACUAAGCGCUGAAGCUGUGAAAAUAGAGAAGAACGUGAAGAAAAGUGACCCAACGUUCCUGGAUAUGUUGAGGGGAGAUACCAGGUCUGAAGAGACGAGGGAAGAACAGCCGACAGCGGAAAAGUCGAGCUUUUGGCGGCGUUUAACUAUGAAGAAUAAGAACAAGAGAUAAUCUGUGAGCCAACACCGUUGUGACGUCACUCCGUCAACCCAGCGCGUAUUUGCUUUUUACCGAUAUAAAGUUCAUCUAUAAUGAUACACAAUUUAAAAUAAAAGUCCUAAUUAAGGUCACAUUUAGCGGUCAAUAAAAGCGUAAAAGCAGUUCUAAUGUGUUUCGAAAUUCAAGGUCUCAUCAGAAUAGCUGCGAACCUUUGAUCUUGACUCAUUUUGCGUCAUAGUUUGGAUAAAAACAGAUAUAAAAACAUAAUAUUUUGAGGAAAUAUAUUGUAUUGGAUGACACGAAUGAUAUUAAUGAAAAGCUUUAUGGCUUCAUAUAGUGCCAUGAACUUAUUUGACCCGGUAUAUUUAUCUUCAGUAUUUUAUACCGGAUCAAAUACGCUAAGGUGCAAAAAAAUACGAAACAGGAGUUUCUUUAUUGUGCAAUCUAAUUGCGUUUGCAAUUUCCUGCACCCCUAGAAUAAUAUUUGUGCUUAAAUAUGGCUGACAAACUUCCUUCGAUCUCAAGGCUAUCAACAAAAUUUAAAAUUAGGUAUUUACGUGAGAUUGUUCCUAAAGUACAUGUAUGUGCAUUUAUACGAUUUGAUAUAAAAAUAAUUUAGCAUUUUCUACAGAAUUCCAUUUUGAUUUUUACUCGCAUACCUUUGAAAAGCGUGCUUACAUUCUGGUGCUUUAUCUUGUAAACACUGCCAUUUCAAAUCUGAUACAAAAUCCUAUCGGGAAGCUCCAGUUUGUAAUUAAGGUUUUUAUGUACAUAUGUAAGUUUUAUAUAUGAUAUUCUGUAUAUCUUUUUCUAUAUCUCCCAACAGCUUAAAUAAUACUAAGAUUCUUGAUAUCGUAUACCUACUUAAUAUUAAAAUAUAGAAAAGUGUACUUAUGUAUAAAAUCUUAAAUAUGUAUAAAUUAAUUUAAAAGUCUGAUCUGUUGGACUCAUGGCCGUAUUCUGAUUCAUAAAUUAAAUUGUCCCUUAGUAAUUGUUAAAUCUAAAGAACAAUGCAUGUGCAAAACGAUAUUGCCUAUAAACGUAGUUUUUUUACUAUAAAAUACUUAAAUUUCUAGAAACAGAGUACGGCUUUAAUAUUGUGUUUAUGUGUGUGUUUUACCCGCGUAUUAGCCAGGCUAGACUUAGCGUGGUCAAAAAAACUUACGCAUGUAGGUACUAUUAGUAGAAAAAAAAAAUAUGAACGACUCCGCGCUGGCUAUCUUAUUAAGCGGGACAUAAAACUUUCUUUUACGUCAACUAUUUUAAAGCUUAAUUGACAUAUGACAUAUUAUUUUGCAAUAUAGUUCAACAGAUCGACACGUGCAUAAUAUGAGAUUCUUUUUGGUGGGAACUGGGAACGGAAUGACGAAAUAUCUUCGGCCAUUGUUACUUAGAAAAUGUCUCAUUCUAUAUGUGAUGUAACGUUAAGUGUACUAGUUAAUAAGUAUUUCGUAAGUGCCCCAAUAACACAACGACGAUGUCCAAAACUUAUCUAUCUUCUUAAUAGACGCUUAGAACAAAAGUUGAGUUACGCUAAUAGCUGUAACAUUGUUAGCUGUUUUGAACAUACCGUAAAGAUAGAGUUCAGGUCUUUUAAGGACUCCAUUUAAAUACAUUUUCUUUCCAACUGUAGUUUCAUAAUAAUUUUAAAAACCCUUAUGAUGAUACAAAAUUUGUCUACUUCUGAACGACCUUGUUUUUGACAAUUGACGAACUUAGUUACGAAAUUAUCUAUGAAAAUUGUCCAAACGUCACUUAUGUGAUGUCUUUUAGAUGCAAGCAUAAACACUAUAGGUACCACAUAUAUAAACAAAAAAUCAGAUAUUAUAUUCAGAACAGAGGUCCAUUUCUUAAGUUAAUAUGCAACAUAAUUGAUACAUAUUAGUUUUUACAGCAAGUAAUAGUUUUUGCUUCUGUUUAGUUUUAAAUACACCUACCGUUUACUAUAUAUUACGUGAACUAUUCGAUGCUUCGAUUUAACGUAUUUUUCGUUCCAAGGGCUCGUCAUUAUAUAUAGUUUCCAAGUAAAUUAUUAGAUAGUGAUUGUACUGAAACAAAUCUAGUAAGAAAUAUAACAAUGUGAAUCGGGCUUUAGUGUAAGGUAGGCGUGGAAAUUCCUUGUUGUGACAAUUUUAUUGUAAUGCAAUAUUAAAAUAAUUUUACAUAUUUAA